AUCGUCUGCGGUCAGACAGUCUUCUUUCUUUCUCCCUUUUCCAGCUGGUUGUCAUGUUUUGGUUUCAAAAUUAAUAUGCUUGGAAUAACAGAACCUCUAAAGUUAUCUGGUUGAAUUUUUUUUAUAUUUUGUAUGAUAUACCUUUUUUAAUUCUCAAGCACCCGACGGCAAAAGUGGAUAGGAAGUAUAGCAUGAGCCAGUGACGGCAGUGAGCGGUUGGUCUUUGAUUUUUUUUGUUGCCUGCUCUCGACGGUGUUGGUAAACACGCUGCAGAGGAUGGGGGAACUAUAUAACAGGCAGCUAGUUUUUGUUAUCCGAAGUCAUGGAAGGGAAGACCGAAGAGCACGACUUCGAGUGACCGUUGAGUACGAAAAAGCGCCUGGGUUGGAGCGCGACAGAGCAUUGACAAUUCGCUUAACCGAUGAGAAUGAUCUUUUCUUUCUGCAUUAUCUCCGUAUCACUGCCCAAGAUUUCCAGCUUCUGAAAGACCGAGAGCGAUUCCUAAUAGAUUUUGAUACAUUUCCUAGACAUGUGAUAGAUUUCCUGGACUUGUGUUUGCAAGAGGAACAAAGACGUCCCUCGAAAUACAUUGCGCAGCUGCUGUUGAAUGGCGUCGAUGUCGACGCUCCUCAUAGUUCGCGACUUGAAAUUAUCGAGACGAAUGAAUUCCAGUAUAUCACUCGGCUCAAAUUAUCAUUGAUUCCGGGCAGUGACGCCGAUGUGAAAUCACAUUUAGCAAGAUGUCUCAAAAUUUUACGCCAAGAAAAGGACCAAAUAGAACAAAAGGCACAGAAUAUGCAGGCGGAUAUGUGUGCUAGAUUGCAAAAUCUCGAAGAUACGCUGCGAAGAAAAAGUGCGGAUUUGGAGCAGCUUCAAGGGGAGUGGAACGACCGCAUCGGUGCACUACACGACAAAUAUUCGGAUGAAAUUACAAAGGAGCGCGAGAAAUCCACCACGACGGUUCGGGAAAUUCAGCAAAGAUUUGAAGAGGAUAAAAAAUCUGGUGAAGUUUCCGCGAGGCGGACGUUAAGCAAAUUGGAGGCUAAGAAUUACGAACUGGAAACGGUAAAUAAGGAUUUGAUUGAAAAAAAAAACCGAAAUGAGGGGAUCAUCCAGGAGUUGAAGGAGCGACUGGAACACGUGGAAAAUGAAUACAAUCAGCGUAAUAAUGAAGUGUUGACCUGUCGACGGCAGCUGGUAGAACUGCAGGGUCAAGUACAGGAAUUCGAGGCGCUAAAACAAAACGUCCAAGAUUCUGUUCAGAAACAUCAGGAAGUCGUUACCAGAUUACAGGAUCGUAUUAAUGCCGUGCAGGAUCAGAAUGAAAAAUUGGAGAAAAUUAUUGAGCAAAAGGACAUUAAAAUAUCCCGCUCGCAAAAAGAUUAUCAGUUGCAGGCAAUGGAUCUGAAUAAAGCUAACGAUAUCAUUCGGAAAUUACAGUUGGAAAAUCGUACUGUUAUUGACAAAUUGAAAAUUCGAAGCGAAAUCGUCGUUCAGCAGGAGUCGGCGUUAAAAGAUACAAAGACGCUCUUGGACACCGCUAAUUCUGAGAUCAUGCAGCUAAAAACUCGAAUGGAUGAGAAAGACGCAAAGAUUUCUAGUCUUCUUUCGUCACUUGACUCUGCGAAGGCUGAAUAUGAAGAAGCCGAAAGGUCACUCGAAAACAAUGCCAACGUUAUAUCUUGGUUGAACCGCCAACUUAAUGUAUUGAAUGGAAAAUCGGUCCAUGCUCUCCAUCCUUCGACAACAGUGUCCACAGCAGUUCCGAAUUUUUCUGAUCUCAAUAUCCCAGCCGCUCCGCUAUCUCGAAGUUCUGGUAUUGGGCGUGACGGUUCGACCCGAACUUCCCGGACCGGAAGUAGCCGUAGGUCAGAUAGUUCGCCAGAGGAAUUGCCCAAAGCAAUCAAUUUACCAAAAUUAUCUGAGCAGAGAAAUAACGAGCCAGUAGUGGACGAGAAGUACUUCCAAGUUCCUACAACUCGUAAAUCCGGUGCUCAUGCCCCCAUCACUCCCAUUUCGGCACUCAAAUCCGUUUCGUCCGCAUAUUUCGGUUAGCGAAAAGAUUCGGAUUUUUGCACAGAUCUCAUUUUAAAACUUGAAAAGUGGUUUUUAUUGCUUGUUUUGCUAGGAUGAAAUAUUAAUACUACUGUACUAACCAAUACGUUAAGUAAUAACCAUACGUUAUAUAACACAAGGGAAUGAUUUUCUCAGGCCCGUGUAACAGAUGCCUCUGAAUACUGCUCUUUAAAUGCCCGAUACUGCUCUUUAAAUUCUGCACUGGAAACGAAUCAGAGAAAAUUAUCAGUGACUAAGUGUUAUAUUGUUUAUUUUUUAAAUCGAUCCUCGAGAUAACAAAUGAUAAGAACAGAAGUAUUAA